CUUCAAUAUCACUCUAAAGUCGCUUGGCUCGAAUGUGAUCUUGGUCAAUCCGAAUUUUGUCCGGGAGGAACCAUCGGUCUGUGGAUGAUUGAUGCUCCGAUUUUCGGACCUCCCUUUUCUCAUCCCCGUCAACCUUACCGUGCCGAGUACCUAGGCACUUACACGCCUCUGACCUGUCCUGAGGAGUACAUCGCAGCUAUCGGACGCAUGUUAGAAGUUUAUCAGUCUCAAGUUCGAAACCAUGACAUCACCCAUCCGGUUCCACUUAUCAUCAACACACAAGGCUGGAUAAAAGGUCUCGGAGCCGAGCUACUAUAUACCGUGGAAACACUAUCCGGUCCUAGUCAUAUCAUCGAUAUAUCCAAACCUGCAGGAUCCCAACCACCUGGAUGGACAGCUAGUCCUGAGUGGCAUACAACAAACCUUCCCAUCCCUGAUCAACCCGUAGCAAAAGGUAAGAACAAAGUGGCCCGGUUAAAUCUGGAGCCAGCUUCAGUCACAUCCGUCUCAAAUAAAUUCACCAGUGCAGAUUUGCGGACCAUCUCCCUCCUAGCGUAUUUUCACCAUAAUUUCAAAGACUCGACAUGGGACUUCUCCGACCCUCUGUUAACCAUUCCACCAUACGAGGUCUGUCUUUCUAUUUUUGGUCCACUAUUCUCCGUUUAUCUGAUUGGAGAAGGAUCAGACGGAAUUCUUCCCGAAGAUCUGUCAUUAGCGUUGAACGGUUCAAUCGUCGCUCUUAUCGAUAUUCCCGAUCAGAUCGAUGAUGCGAGGGGAGAGAAUGGAGAGGAGAGUGUAUAUGUACAGGGACGUUCACCGCCAGAAAAAAGUGAUUGUCUUGGUCUGGCCCUGAUACGUGCAGUAGAACAACGUCCUAAAGGGGUUCUGAAAUUACAAAUGGUCACUCCUCUUUCACCGGACGUGUUGAAACGAGCCAAGGGGAUGGUGAGGAACGGGGCGAUCGAACUUCCCACUUGGGGUCUGAUGGAUCAUCGUAAGACUGGGAGAUUACCGAGGAUGAAGGGGAGGGAAGAGAUACCGUUUUUGGAUACUUCUGAGGUCGAGGCUGUGGGUUUGGACAAGAGGAAGAUACGAAGGAAUUUACAAAGACGUAACGUGUGACCUUGUAAUCUGCUUAUCUACUUGAUACAGGACGAAAAAGAUUGGCAAUUUGACGUCAUUGACACUGUCGAGUACAGUACAUCUCUCUUGAGACGGAGUGUCAAAGUGUUAUGCAAACCACUCUGAAACUG